UUAAGAGAACUUAUGGAGACAUAAAUAUGUAUAAAGACCUUAAUCAUAAUGAUACAAUGCGUGUGGAAAACAAAUUGUCAAAACUUGAAGAGAAAGCAUCAAAAGUAGUCAAAGAUAUUAUCGAGACAUCUCAAUCAAAUGGCCAAAUUGUUUUGUUUAGAAAAAAUGUUGCUGACUUACGCAAGUUUACAGAUAAUAAAUUUGAUAUCGUUACUCGCACAAUGAUAGAAAAAUUUAUGCGGGAACAUGAUUUAAAAAAUCCACAGGAAGUGUGGUUGCAGAAUGUACGAGAAAUAUUAGAUACUCCCCAUGAAGAUGUUGAAGACAACCCAAGAGUUUUUAUGGUAGAUAAAAUGGAUUAUAAGCUAC